AUGGAGGCCGCAAGCUUGUGCGUGUCUGCUGCUUCGGGGGCCCAGAAAGCACUCGAAGUCGCCGGAGAGUCUCUACAGUCACGGCGCAGUGCAACUGGUCAGUUUGGAGCGAGCAAGCAGCACAGUCCUGAGCUAGCACCCGCAACGGAACGGGUUAGGUCUGGGUGUCGCUGGAGACAGCAGAGCUCCCGGGAUAUUUCCCGGGAGAAAAGAGAACCUCGAGCAAAAGCAUUGCAGUCUGAAGCCCUCUCAUUCCGACCAAAGGAAGCGACUGCAGAGCACCAGACCCAGAGGCCCUCCGAGGGAGCACCUCUGGCGCAACACACCAUGGGAUGUCGUGGAGCUCCAGAUGCCUUCCGCGAGCACCACGAGCUCAUCCCUCUGUCUCUAUCGUUGUUAGGCCGCAUUUUCGCUGAGAGUGCAGCUGAUAAGGCACAGGCCGCUUCUUUCUAUGGCCUCCCUGCUGCACGGGGGAGCAGUGAAGGUUGCAGCACCACUGGGAAGAACGCCUCGGUGUCUUCCGAGGCUCUAUCGGGAGAUGGCAUCCUGGCGCAUGCGCAGCACCAGCAGGCGGACCUUGUUGUUGUCUCAGGAACGAGUGUAAAGAGUGCUCAGAAAGGCAUGGGAGGAGAGGCAGCCCCAUUAAAGGCCACGUGCGACAGCAAGCAGAGCGACACUCCUGGCAGCAAGGGGUCCACAUGCCUUCCGCCGGAGACGACGGGGUUUACUUCUUCUGCUGCCGCUGCUGAAGAAGAAGCAGCCGAUGAAGCCGCUUUCGAUCCGCUUGCCAACAAGAAGUGGGCUGGCCAGCCCUUGCCUCCAGUCUCUUUGCAUCCGUCGCCGAAUGGAGCCCUGCAGCUGCAGUCACCCCCUGCGGAGACGUCCACGACGGCUGCAGCUGCACUGGACGAGGCAGCCCCCAUCAAGGCGGAAGGCAGUCAGCAGCAGCAAAUGCACAAGGGAAAAACUGCGGCACAAGCACAUUUACGAGCGCAAGGAGUAGCGGCGGCGGCGUCAGUUUCAGGAUUUCCGCCUGGAAGAAUGCCCCUCCCGCAGAUCCUUUGUGGGCCGUCUGCUGUGUGGUUGUCUGCCGCGCCUGUCGGACUGACAGCGAAAACGCCACCUUUUUCUUCCCCGCACUCACUAAGAGGGGCGGGGGAGGCGCUCGCCACUGCCCUCCCAGCGGCGAAGGCGGAAAGAAACGCGCACGGCAAGGAGGAAGACGCAGAACUGCCGGUGUAUGCGCAGUCCUACCUAGAGAGCCUUGAUACCAGGAGCCGCGAUUCCAUUGCAACGCGUCUGGGGAAAACUCAGCAUCGUCAUUAUCAUGAUUAUCGGCAAGAGCAGCAACAGCAGAGGAGGCUUCCUCAGGGAGAAAAUGCGAGCGGCUCCGCGGCUGCCACUGCUGCUGCUGCCGCGUGUGCAGGGGAUGAAGGGCCUCUUCCUAUUCGGCCAGCUCACGAGGAGAUGCAGCGUGUUCGUACGCCGAGUGAAGCAGCAGCAGCAGCAGCAGCAGCAGCAAGGAAAGCAGCGGUGGAUGCAGCUCCAGGCAGGGGUGAUUUCGAUGUGCUUGGAGAGCAGACAGAGGAGCGCCAGCCUCCGAGGGGAUUGCCUCUAGAGGGGACUGACGUGUCAGACGCACCAGCAGUGCGUGUCAGCAGCGCUAGCGGGGGAGCUUCUCAGGAGACGGCUUUCUGCAUGCCGAAGGAGAAGCGGCAGAGGGAGCAGCAAGAUGGGGAUGGAGGAAUGGUGCCGCUGCCGCUGGUUGAAAUGCAGGCAUCAGCGCAGCAGACGGCCAAGCCCCCACAUGCCGUAGAGCAAGGCGCAGGCACAGACACGCAAGAGCAGCAGCAAGCGAAGGCGGUAAACGACGCAGUUUCAGGCGAUAUGCCUCUGGAGAUAGAGGCUGAGAACCUGACAUGGCGUCUUGUGCGCUUAGCGCGAGAGAAGCGCUACCUACUCAAGAGCUUGUUAGCAUCGGUGUCAUCAGAAAGGCGACCGGCUCUGCAAGAGUGGGCAAAGGCUGAAGAGAAAAUGGUGCAGCACUACAUUCAGCAGUCUGCAGCGCAUGCGUUGGACACGCGGCACACGUAUACCUUGGCGGAUCAGACUUUAGAUGUCUUGAGGCUUCGCGUGACGUGCAGCAACAGCAGCUGCUUGCCCCCCGAGUGGGCGGAAAGGGCCUUGUGUACUGUAUGUGGCAGCGGAGAGGACUGGGACGAGGAUCCGAUAAUAUUUUGUGAUGGCUGCUACAUUCCGACGCAUUUUCUAUGUCUGGGGGGCAGAGCAGGCAGCUUCGACGCUGCAGUUGCUGCCGUUGCGGCAAAGAGGAGAAGGCGAGACAGAGAAGCGGGUGGAGAGGCGGGGCGCUCGGUAGCUGCUGCGGCUCGCGCGGCAGCAGUUGGCAGCAGCAGCAGCGGGAACAGCAGCAGCAGUAGCAGCAGCAGCAGCGGGAGCAGCAGCAGCAGCAGCAGCAUCAGCAGCAGCAGCAGCAGCAGCGGCAGCAGCAGCAGCAGCAGCAGCGCUGCAGGAGAGGAUCGUCGUCCUGUGUGUGGUGCAGGCGGCUUUGCGCCUGGCCACGGUGCAGACGAAGAGUGGCUGUGUCCGUUGUGUGUAUUCAUGAGGAAGCAGCUGCCCCUUCUCGACGAGGAAACAGCGCUGGCAGCCAUCCGUCUGGCAGCCUCGCCGCGAACGCUGGCAGAAGCAGCAGCCGCGAAGGCUGCAAGACACAGCAACUGGGGGCACGAGCAGCUUUCCGCGUUCGAUCGAUGGACCCCCCCCACGCUCAUUGGGCUUCAGCAAGGCGAUGGAAGGCGCCCAAGAGGCUUCAAUCACAGGAGAGCUGCUCUCCUUCCCCACCACCCGCCAGCAGCGUUGCCGUCUGUGCGCAUUGACAAGUCUGCAGCAGCAGCGGCACUAGCGGCAGCAGCUGCUGCUGCCGCUAGUGCCGCUGCUAACGCUGGUGCCGGUGCUGACUUGUCAGUGCGCAGGGAGCAGCUUGCAGCGGGAGCAGCAGCACUGCUCGCAGCACCAGCAGCACCAGCAGCACCAGCAGCAGCAGCUGCUGCUGCUGCUGCAGCGGCGGAGAAGGCCCUGUCUCGAAACAAAGUAUCUGUGGAGGAGGUCUCCUUGCCCUCCGCAGACUCUGGAGGCAGCAGCAACAGCAGCAGUAAUGGCAGCAGCAACAGCAGCAGUAAUGCCCUCAAUCCGAUGGACUAUCUGCGGCAGGUCCCUUUUGUGUUUUCGGAUUCCGAGGAGGAGGAGACGAUUUCCGCCGAAGCGGCGACCACAACGACGCAGCAGCAGCGGAGCAGCGCUGCGGCGAAUAGCAGCUGCAGAGCGGGGGGCGUCCAGCAGCAGCAGGAAGAGGAGUUGCUGCAGAGCAGCAAAUACCACAGCAAGGAUCCCAAGAUGCGCUGCGUCGUGGAGGUGUCGCCAGUGCCUGGACUGGUAGUAACGCUCCGUCUGCCCGUGUGUUGCCUCUGCGGUUUUGACGGUUUUUGCCCUGGGGGAGGCCCCAUGCGAAAAACAGACAAGAUUCUGCGCCGGUACCAAGCGAAUAGAGAAAAGGACAAGGUGAAGGCUAGGGCCCUCGAUCUGCCAGUGGAGGUGGAUCUGGGGCGGAGGCGUCUCGCCUUAGACACUGCAGACUUGCUCUUCGCGUCUCACAAGCAGACGACUGCUGUUAUUCAGGAUCUCCUCGCUGGUGACGAGUGCACAGAGCAAGUCGCCAAGGGGCAGCCGCAGGAAGCGGCGAAGGCGCAUGCGGUGGAGGGCAGACUGCUGGAGAGACGUCCAGGAGCAGUUGCCGCAGGGGACGCAUGCGUAGCAGCGUCUCGCACCCCAAGACCAUACAGUGGCGAGGCUCCGGAAGAAAGAGACAGUGAGCGGGAAGUGCCUUGCAUCGAGAACGCACCAAGAGCACCAGCAGCAGCAGCCUCCACCGCUUCCGCAGGCCAGCAGCCUUCUGGCGACGAAGAAGAAAUUCUGGCGAUCAGGGAGGUGGGAGACGCAGGGGUAGCCGCGCGCAUCGCGGCAUGCCUCUUUGGCACGGCAGUGCCCUCCUUCCUGUGCGACGAAAAGACCUUUUGCUGUCUCUUCGCGGGAGUCAGGGGCCCCUCCGUAGGCCUCCCGAGAGACUUGCCAGUUGGCGGCGGCAACUCCACCACUUUCGCCGCCGGAGUAGUGCCCGCCAGCUUCGCGGCGAUGAGGGAAGGUCAGGGCUUGCAUGCGCGCUGCUGCCUCCUUGAGGCGCUGGCACUGCUGUUGGCUUCCCUCGGCGUCAAGGCGGAGGGGUCGAAUAGGGAGCUGCUGCAUCAGCUUGCUGCCGAUGUGCGAUCUCGCAGCAUAGGGGAUGCUGCGGGUGCACUAGCGUCCUCAGCAGUGGCAAGUGCGGGGGCCGUCUCGUCGUUGAAGCUUGGCGGCAGCAGCGCCUCUAGCAACUACUCGAGCAACUACUCGAGCAACUACUCGAGCAACUACUCGAGCAAUGGCAAGUUGGCCGUCGCUGCAACAAGGCUCCCGGCAGUCCCUUCGGCUUCGCUGCGGAAAGCUGCGCUGCUGGAGGAGGGACGGCUGCCAGGAGAGCUGAGUGUCUCGCUCUUAUCCCGUCUCGCCGUUCUGAACAAGGGCGCUGCGUGCUGUCUUUGUGGACGCGUUGGCUUCGGCUCGCAGCAGCAGCAAAGCGAGCAGCAGCAGCAGUUGCAGCCGCAGCAGCUCUGCAGCAGCGAGAUGAUGCUCUGCUGCACUGUGUGUCACGUCAAGGUCUGCAGGGGUUGCUGGGGAGCCGUGGAAAGACAGCCCUCGAGUGUAUCCAUUGGCAACGACGCAGCGGCGAGAGCAGUUCGCCUGCAGCGUCGACGGGCUUGGCGGGAUGCAGGAAGCAGCUCUGCAAAAUCCUCAUCGGCCACUACAACAACUGCAGGGAGAGACGAUCUCAUCAGUGGGCCUUGUGAUGAGGCCCUCAUGGAUUCCUGGGUUUGCCCCCGAUGCGACGCCCUCUUGUCUGGGGAGGUCCCCUCAGUGGCGAUGAGCCGCUGUCUCCUUUGCAGCAGAAUUGACGGCCUUCUUCUGAAGCGGACGGAUACGAGAUCCUCGGGGGCCUUGUUCCCCCACGCUUUGCUGCCCUUCCAACAGAGUCUCUCCGCAGCAUUGCAAGGGCUGCCUUCGAUAGGCCGUGCUGCUUCUGCGGACAGACGUGUAUACGCUGGAGCUUGUGUUGUUGUUGGUGUGUCACGCUGGAGCUUGUGUUGUUGUUGGAGUGUAUAUGCUGGAGCUUGUGUUGUUGUUGGUGUGUAUAUGCUGGAGCCUUCCCGCAUAGCGGCAGCGGCAGCAGCAGCAUCAGCAGCAGCGCUGCCAGCGUCGCCGUCAGGAGGAGGAGCAGCAGCAGCGGCAAGCUGCCGUGCUGGUGGCGACACUGCAGAUGAGCGGCUGUCGGAUCACGGACCUCGUCUGGCGGCAUCCUCGAAGGUCGUCGGCGGGGGGGGGGCCCCCUUGAAGGGCCCCCCCCGUCUUGUAGAUGCGACGGGCGACGUGGACUUUUCGGAGGAGGAUGAGUGUGACAGCGGCAGUCAAACGCCAGCGCCUCCGUCUCCCAUGCAUUUGGCAGAGCAACGCGAGUUGCUGCAGCUGUCACGUGUUGUGGCUACAGAAGCUUUGCGGAAGCGGGGAGGCGACAGCGUCCUCUACAGCCCCAAGCAGCUUACGUGGGUGCCUCCGAAGGGGCCCUCGGGGGCCCCUCGACUGGACAGGGGCCCCUUCGAGGAGACGAGCGAGUUGCAGGGGAAGCGGAGGGCAUCGGAGAGGGAAGGCGUUCCUGAGGAAGAGGACGCCGCUGGGCAAAGGCUGCAAAAGCGGCGGCGCGAAAGCGACGGUGCAGCAGCGAGUGCAGCGAUGAAAGCUUCGGCUGCCCGCAUGCCGACGCCUCCUCCUGCGAAGGUUGCUGCGUCUGCUGCCCUCUUGUCUGCGCAGUGGUAUGGGGGGAUCUCCUGCGCAGGCCUGCCCCCCUCGGGGGCCCUCCAGGAUGCCUCCUCGGGGGGCCCCGAGACUCGCCAGCAAGAAGGGCAGCAACAAGGCCCCGCCGCACUGCCAGUGGGGCCCCCAGGCCAAGUGGAAGGCGAGACAAAGCCAGUGUUUUGCCCAAUCUGCAACGGACUGUAUAAGGAGCUGCCAGGGGGUGGACCGGGUGACGGCCUCCAUUGGAUUGGAUGCGACUGCUGUCUGCAGUGGUAUCACUGGCUCUGCUCGGGUUACACGGACGAUCACCCUCCCCCAGCAGAUGAGGACUGGUACUGCUAUUUCUGUGCAACUCGCAUUCGGGCUUCCAUCGAAAAGAAGAACCGAGAAAAAGCGUCCGCUAAGGCCCAGCAGCAUUGUGCUUUUGUUGUUCAGGAAGGGAGCCAAGCGGUAAGAUGUCAAAAAAGGUACUUUACUAUACCCAAACAAAGUGGAAGCCGCUCUGCUUCUUCCACCGACAGAAAGAACGAGUCAGCUUACGUCUUUUGA